UGGCCAGGGGCACUUCCCUAUAGCACCACCCGAGCGUGCAGCCCGCCGCGCGGGCGCCGCCCCGCCUCGUGGCCCUGCUGGAGGCAUUCCGGGACUGCAACGCCGCCUGCUGGGCCGCGAUGGAGGACGGGCUGGAGCGGCUGAAGGAGACCGGGAAGACCGAUCGGGAUAGGCAGCGCCUGCUGGACCUGCUGCUCGGGGCGCUGCGGGGCCGCGGGCACUUCGCCGCCGUGGAGGCGCAGGCGGGCCCGGCCUUCGGGGACAAGGACAUGCGCUGGCACAAGGACGGCGCCACUGGCCUCCUGCACCUGGGCAUCACGCUCGGCGGGCGGCGCAGGCUGGAGUUCCACGCCAGCGGGCACCGCGCGGUUUCUUCCUGGACCUCCUGGGCGGGGCCCGUGCAUGCUCCUCUUGUGCCUGUCUGGUAGUUCCUGGGCCUCUUGGGGCCUCCCGGAGGCGCGGAGGCCCCUAGGGGGACCUCCAAGGUCCUUGUGCUCCACCUGCUCCUCCACCGUAACUGCUCUUUCCAGCCUGAUGCACAUCCUUACAGGGGAGGCCAAUGCCAAGAAACACCCUGCUUGCCUCCAGGGUGCCCCGGGUUUCCUGGGUUUCGAUGGUUUUGCUCUGG